AUGCCACCCCAGCUCCGGGCCUUCGGCGGCGGGCCCGGCGUCGGCGCGCCUUUCCACCAGCCCGGCUUCCCCUCUCACGGCCAGCCGCAGGGAGGGCCUCUAGGCAACCAGUAUCUCAAUGCCAAUGCCCAGCUGAACCCCUUCACGCCGAACAACAUCAACUCGUUCAACGCCGCAGCCCUCAAUGGCGGCGCCGCCUUCCCCGACACGGGCUUUGGCAGCCAGAGCGCAAGGAUGGGGUUCGCGCAUGGGCCAGGGGCGGCCCUCCAGCAGCCGCAGCAUGGCGGCCAGGUGCAGCACAAUGCCUUGAUGGACCAUCCCACACUGCGGUCGCAGCCAGCUAACAAGGGCCGGAUACGCGAAGUCUGGAAACACAACCUCGAGGAGGAGAUGGCCGUGCUAAGAGACAUCAUUGACAAGUACCCUUAUGUAGCCAUGUGUCUACGGACCAACGUGGAUAUGCUCAAAGUCAUCCAAAUCGGCAUCACGCUGUUCAACGAAGAAGGCGAGACACCACCAGCACGACCGGGCCCUGAGCUGGGCCUCAGCGCGGCAGCAAGGCGGCAUCUUAACGGGGGCCCAUUCCCUUACUCGUGGCAGUUCAACUUCAAAUUCUCCCUAAAAGACGACAUGUACAACGAGAAGUCGAUCGAGUCUCUCCAGCAGGCCGGCAUCGACUUCAACCUCCUGGAGCGUGACGGCAUCGACCCUCACCAUUUUGCCUCUUUAUUAAUACCGUCGGGUCUGGUAUGCUUCGAUAACGUCCGAUGGAUAUCCUUCCACGGUGGCUACGACUUUGGCUAUCUCACGAAGCUGCUCAUCUGCACCCCCCUUCCAAACGACGAGGUGGACUUUGACCACAAGAUGAAGCUGUAUUUCCCCAUGACAUACGACGUGAAGCAUCUGAUGAAGUUCGCCAUCAAGCUUCACAACUCGGGGAUGCUCACCCCCACCGACCCUGGCACCACGGAAAUCCUGCAAAAGUUUGAGCACAAGUCGGGCCUGGAGAAUAUUGCGGAAACUCUCAAGGUCAAGCGCAUCGGGUCUGCUCACCAGGCUGGCUCGGAUUCCCUGCUCACCGGCAAGGUCUUCUUCCAGAUGCGCGACAGAAUAUUCACCGGCGAUAUCCCCAACGACCAUCUCGGCAAGGUCUGGGGCCUGGGCAUCCCUGACAUCGGCAUCCCCAUGUCCAUGAUGGGCCACGGCGGCGAUCAGAACGGCAACACUCCCAGCACUCCCAACACGGGCACCGCGCAUCUCGCAACGACUCCGGCUCAGAGCCACAACACAAACGGGCUGCCCAAUAUGGGGCCCAUGACUCCCGGUGGAGGAGGAGGCGUUUUUGGUAAUUUUGCAUUUGGAGGGAACGGCAGAUAG